GAACCACAAUCGCCACGAUCGCCACGUUGGAAGUACUGCGUGAAGGCAGUGGAUUUGAGAAUAAUUUUGAUGAGUUGGUGUGUGUUUUUAGACGUGUAUUAAAUUCAGUAAGCGGCAAAAUGAAGGUAAAGGAGAUAGAAAGGACUGUAAACGUGUCCUGGUCUCCUGCUGCCCAGCACCCAAUUUUGCUAGCAGCAGGAACGGCAGCGCAGCAGUUGGAUGCAUCGUUUAGUACAACAGCAGCACUUGAAAUUUAUUCGCUGAACUUGACAGAGCCGGGUUUGGAUAUGGAAUUGCGAACUUCACUACCCAGUGAUUAUAGGUUUCACAAGAUUGCAUGGGGAUCUUAUGGGUUUGGGGGAGAACAUGGGAAUGGCAUUAUCGUGGGUGGAUGUGAUGGGGGUCAUGUGCAGAUAUACAGUGCAGCCAAGGUGCUGGCUGGUGAAGAAGGGCUGCUGGCCCAGCAAGACAAACACACCGGCCCUGUCCGAGCUUUGGAUUUCAACCCUUAUCAGGCGAAUCUGUUAGCAACAGGAGCUUCAGAGUCAGAAAUUCUUAUAUGGGACUUGAACAACACAGAUACACCGAUGCUGCCCGGGGCGAAGUCCCAGCCGGCAGAUGAUGUAUUGUGGAUGUCCUGGAAUAGGCAAGUCCAACACAUACUAGCAUCAACAUUUGCCCCACGCUGCGUAGUUUGGGACUUGAGGAAGAAUGAACCUAUUAUCAAACUUACUGACAGCACAUCACGUGUUCGUUGGAAGGUAGUGGCAUGGCAUCCAGAGGUGGCAACCCAACUUUGCCUUGCAUCAGAGGAAGAUCAGACUCCUGUGAUCCAGCUCUGGGAUUUACGAUUUGCAACAUCACCACUCAAAGUACUAGAAAGUCAUCAGAGAGGAGUCCUGUCUAUUGCAUGGUGCCCACAAGAUCCAGAUCUGCUUGUCAGUUGUGGCAAGGACAAUCGAAUCCUAUGCUGGAACCCAAAUAGUAGUGUUCCUGGUGGAGAAGUGGUGUGUGACAUUGCAACAGCCAAUCAGUGGAACUUUGAUGUUUCAUGGUGCCCACGAAACCCAGCUCUCAUUGCCAGCUCCAGCUUCGAUGGACAUGUCAGCGUGUAUUCACUCACUGGCGGCCAACAGCAGGUUCAGACAAGCAACAAGAUUGCAGAUUCAUUUCCUGGUAUGGAUGCUUUUGCACAAGCUCCGCCACAACGGCAGCAGCAACAACAGAGCCCUGUGGAUCUUCGUAAACCACCAAAGUGGCUCCGGAGACCUGUGGGUGCAUCAUUUGGCUUUGGUGGAAAACUGGUGUCAUUUGGCAAUGAGAGAGUUCAGGCUGGCCAGACUGGCAUGUUGCACACGGUGUAUGUGAGUCAGGUGGUGACAGAGUCAGAACUGAUAGCACGUUCCAACCAAUUGGAAACAGUUUUGCAGUAUGGUCAGUAUACCGACUUCUGCCAAGCUAAGAUUGCAUCCAGCACAACACCUCAUGAACGUGCUGUUUGGAACUUUCUUCGUGCCAACUUUGAGACUAAUUCACGUGCUGAACUCCUUAGCUUAUUGGGAUUUAAACCUGAUGAAAUAAACAGCAAGCUUGGUAGGCAUAUUGGUAAACCAGCUAAUGCUCGUCUGGUUGGAGACAUCGAUAACUUAAGCGAUCGUGUUGCAGGACUGGGGCAUGACAACAACUCUGAUGGAGACGCAGAUGGAUCUGAAAGUACUCAGUCCACCUCUCUGGUAUCAGAUGGAGGUGCAAGCGCAGCAUUUGAUGCAAUUGCUGCUGCUUCGAGCUUCCAGACGAAUGGAUUGGCUAAGAUCCCAGUUGACCCCUUCAAAAUAUUGACCACAGAUGAUACAGAGGGACUUAUCUGUCAGGCAUUGUUACUGGGCAACACGGAAGCUGCUGUUGAGCUCUGUCUUCAGAAUGGGCGCAUGGCAGAUGCCAUUAUUCUUGCCAUGACUGGUGGCAGUGACCUCUUGGCCAAGACCCAGUAUCAUUACUUUAAGCAAACAAAGGGUUACCUUUCAACAGUAAUAUCUGCAGUAGUAAGUGAAGACUGGAGUCAGGUGGUUCAGGCAUGUAAAGUUGAUAGCUGGAAAGAAGCCCUGGCAGGGGUGCUGACAUACACAAAGAAUGAGGAGUUUCCUGCCCUGUGCGAGCUACUGGGAGCACGGCUGGAAGUUGAGGGCAAAGGGAGCUUAUCUCUGAAUGCACAGUUGUGCUACAUUUGUGCUGGUAACCUGAAUAAACUUGUGGAGAGUUGGCUAGCAACAGAGAGAACUGACACUCCAAUCAAGGUGCAGCAUUUGGUAGAACUGGUGAUGUUACUUAUCAAGGCAGUGGAGCAGCAGGGACGCACUGUGGAAAUUUCGGGCAAGUUGGCAGAAGUGCUGUCACGUUACGCUGCCAUGCUCGCUUCUCAGGGCAACCUGACGGCAGCCCUUACAUACUUGAGGAACUCUGAUGAUGAACAGAUGGUGCUCUUGCGUGAUCGUCUGUAUCGAACACUUGGCCUCAGUCCAGCAUACCAACAGCAGCAACCACAAUCACAGCAGCAGCCGACAGUGUCCCGCACUCCAAGCACAUUGCCCGCUGUUACUCGACAGCCCCCAUUUCCUGGGCAGGCGCAGUCAGCUCCAGCACCAUACAGACAAGGUUUCAGUGGUCCUGCAGUUCCAACUUCUUCACUGUUCCCCACUCAGCAAUCACAGACAGCAGCCAAACCAUUCAUUAGUCAAACUGUACCAAAUUUAUACCCUGCAAAUUCUGCCACCAAACCUAGUGUCCAACAGCCAUUUGUCCCCACAGCAGUGCCACCCAAGCCCUUCUCUCCGGCCCCAGUACUAUCGGGAGUCUUGCAGCCUCAUGGUGGAUUUAUGAACCCUGGCCAACCCAGCUUAUCUCCUGCACCAAGUGUGUCUGCCUCACCAGGUUGUACCAGAACAUAUGGUAGGGCCUACUCUCCAUUGGAACCAAAUAUUUAUCAGAAGGCCUGGGAAUCAGCCCAGAAUAGUGAUAAAGCUGCAAACAUUUCAAGGUGGUGUGGAACCAACGCCGCAUCUCGCAAGCCAUAUGUGCUUGACCCAUCUGUACAGACUGGACCCCACUAUGGUGGUGUAGGGGGCAUGUACCCCCCUGGCUUCAAUACAGCACCUGUACCAAACAAUCCAGCAUUACCACCGUAUCCCAACCAGCCUGCCAACACAAGGUAUCCAUCUGCAGACGUUUAUAAUCCUGCAGAUAGUGUAAAUGCACAACCUGGUGGUGUGCCCCCAAGCGUUCCUCCUGCUAAUGCUCCACCUGCCUGGAAUGACCCACCAGUUCUGAAAAAUUCUUCUCGCACACAGCUUGCUUAUUACGACUUCUUGCUUCCUAAAGCAGACUAUAUGCCUCAGACUCCCAUCACACACCCACUGUAUGGCGCUGCACCUCAGGAGCCUGCUCCUCCCAUGAUGCCAAAUAUGGCUGUGAAUGGCGGGUAUGUUGACCCACUGGUUGGGGCUCCGUAUCAACCCCAGCAGUUGUACCCACAGCAACAACAGCAGCAGCAGUAUAGUUCCCCUGUAGCCCCUGCUAAGGUGGCUGAGCCCCCUAAACCAAAAGGUCCUAUCCCUGAGGAGCACAUGUAUCUGCAGACAGUAUUCGAGGAGCUGCGGAACAGAUGUACAUGCGCUGCAAGCAAUCCUCAACUAAAACGAAAAUUAGAGGAUGUGUCUCGGAAGUUGGAGAGCCUGUAUGAUGCCCUAAGGGAAUCCAAGCUUUCACCGACAACAUUGCAAGGCUUACAUCAGAUAGUACAGAUGGUGCAAAUUGGAGACUAUACAGGAGGUCUAAGCCUUCACACACAGCUGGUUUCUGGUUCAGACUUCUCACAGAUUGCUAGUUUCAUGCCUGGGCUGAAGGUGCUUCUUCAGUCUGCUCUACAGCUUCAGGUCUAUUUGCAGUGAAGCCUGUUGUAAAUGGGAACUUGGUACACAUCAGUUGCAAUUUGCAAGCGCUGUCAAAGGCAACAGAAAACAGAUAUGUUCAUAUGAUACCAUUUUAAUUUGUAUGUGUUAUGGUAAUUGUGAAUAAUAAACAGCAAUUAUAUUUUA